AUGGAUACCACACACUUCUCUUGCUCACACCCGGGUUGCGGCCGAACCUACCGACGUAAAGAACAUCUGACACGACAUAUGGCCGGGCAUCGUCAAAUCACUGCUGCAGCUUGUCCUUUUUGCGACAAAACUUUUUCCAGAAACGACACUCUCCGCCAGCACGUCCGCCUCAACCACAAAGACAAGAAAUUGAACUCGUCAAGAACAAUCGAGGCGUGCAAAUACUGCCGAUCUCGUAGGUCGCGCUGUGAUGGAAAGGCUCCAUGCGGGCCGUGUCAGCAACGAGGCCUGCAAUGCUCCCUGGAAAGCCAUCAAGCGAGACAUCAAGUACCUGAGUCUGAGGCCGUCCCUCAUUCUGUGACUACAAGCCCAUCUUUUACUGCAGUCUCACCAGAUCUUCCAUCACCUGAGGAAAGUCCCACCAAUAUCCAACCUUACGUCGACGCCUACUUCGACAAAUUCCACCCCAUCUGGCCAUUUGUGCACCGCGCCACAUUCGACCUUGUUCGGGAACCUCCAUUCCUGCUACAAUGCGUCACGAUGCUGGGUCUGUGGGUGACGGGGGAUCCUAAAUCACAACAAGCUGCGUUCGAGCUUCACGAGAGGCUCAGUUUGUCGAUCUACCAGCAACGAGACAAAUGGGAGGCCACAGCUAUAGCUCACAGCGACGGUACUUGGCCCAUGGCCACAUACCAAGGCAUCCUUCUCAACGUACUCUUCGCGCUCAUCUCAGCUACUCCGGGCUCUGUCGACCUGCAACUAACCCGCACGCUUCCCGCACUGCCAUCGCAACUGCUCCUCGCUCUCGUACGAACCUGUCGUCAACAGGACUUGUUCUCCUACCCCACCAUCCGAGCACAGUUUACGCGCAAUACCGCCCCGGACGUCUUCAUCUGGCUUGGCAUCGAAGAGGUCAAACGAUUUGCGCUGUCGUUGUACAGAGUAAGUGCCAUGGUACGCGUUCAGGAAAGCCAUGUGCCGGUGGAUGAUGCUUCGAAGGGCGAAUGUCUUGUAUCGUUGGAAGAGCUUCGAUUCGCGAUGCCGGAGAGGGACGACCUGUGGAACGCCAACUCUGAUCUGGCUGCCACGCUGGCUCGAGACAAUCUGAUAGACUACGACGCGCGAAACAUGGAGGUGGAUUGGAUCUCAAAUGCAGGACGGCUGCUUCGCCGGGACGGUGUGCGUUUAGGAUGGGCUUGA